AUGCAGUCCAACCCGCUUCAACAGUUUCCCUGGCUCGAAGCAUCAUCUUCCCUCGUUGGGACCCCACCAGCACCCACUAGAGGCAGCAUUGUUCUCAUAUCCUCGACUUCUGGAUUCUUCGGAGGAACGUCCGUGGUCAGUUAUGUUGCUUCUAAACAUGGUGUCAUUGGACUAUUACGGGCAACCCAGUCUGCGGCGCGCAAGUUCGAUGUCCAGGUUAAUGCUGUCGCACCAUUCAUCACUCCUACAUUCAUUACGGAAGGAUACUCAGACAAGUACCGGCAGCGUGGGCUGCCACUGAAUACGCCGACGAAUGUGGCGGAUGCGGUUUUGAGGACGAGCCUUGGUUUAUUUGGCGAUCCUGCAGAAUCUGUUACUUUUGGAAGAUGCUACCUGGUUGCAGGUGGGACUACGAGAGAAGUUGAAGGGCCACGAAACUCCAUGAUCGCAUCGUACAUGGGUGAAGAAGUGAAGCAGGCGUUGACUCAGGCACAACAAUUCUUUGAGCAGCUUGGCGGAUAUCCGCUGCCUCAAGCCAGAGUAUAA